AAUAAAGCUGAAGGACCCAGUCUCCCUCCUUCACUGCAGAAGGCAGGGCAGGUUAAAGUAGGAAGAAGCUAGAGGCCAGUCUUUUUCCAAGCAAGGAGACCGCUUUCCAGGCUUAGCUGACAUGAUUAAAGUACUUCUGAUUUCUACAGCUUUGCUCCUUUCUCAACACCGAGGGACUGCACGAAGGGAAUUACCUGGGGUGAAGGACUAUGAAGUGGUAUAUCCACAAAAACUACACACGUUACAUAAAAGAGAUGUAGCAGGAAAUCAAAAUCCCAACAAUGGGGCAAGAUAUGACGACAGGAUGCAAUAUGAAAUUAAAGUCAACGGCCAGAAAGUGAUACUUCAUCUUGAAAAAAAUAAGGAUCUAUUUGCCAAGGACUACUCUGAAACUCAUUACUCACAUGAGGGUCAAGAAGUGACAACAAGCCCUCAGAUCAAGGACCACUGUUUUUACGACGGUCACAUCCAAAAUGAUAAUGACUCAGAAGCAAGCAUCAGUGCCUGCAGUGGUUUGAAAGGAUAUUUCAAGACCCAUGGUCAAAGAUACCUUAUCCAACCCCUGAAGCUCACAGACAGCGAGGAACAUGCAGUCUUUAAAUAUGAAAACCUGGAAGAUGUUGAAGGCCCAAAAACUUGCGGCGUAACCAACACUACCUGGGAAUCAGAAGAUCCUAUCAAAAAGUCCUCUAGAUCCAGCACCAGUCUGGAAAAACAGGAAUACCUGAAAGCAAAGAAGUAUGUCGAAGUCUACAUAGUUGUAGACAAUGCUGCGUAUAGGAAGUACAACCGCAACAUGACGAGUAUAAGAACACGGGUUUUUGAAAUAAUCAAUUACAUCAACAUGGUUUAUAAAGCCAUAAACAUUCAUGUGGCUUUGAUUGGUCUAGAAAUCUGGUCAGCUGGGGAUCCGUUCACUGUGAAUUCUUCAGCCGGCACCACCUUGGACAAAUUCUCAACAUGGCGUCAAACCAACCUGCUGAAACGGAAGAAUAAUGACAAUGCUCAGUUACUCACAGCGAUUGACUUUGAUGGGCCAACAGUAGGCCUGGCCUUUGUGGGAACCAUGUGCAGUUCUACUCAUUCCUCAGGCAUUGUUCAGGACCAUAAUUCCAAUCCAAUUUCAAUUGGAGCCACCAUGGCACACGAGAUGGGGCAUAAUUUUGGCAUGAAUCAUGAUACUAGCUUCUGCAAAUGCAAUUCUGGAUCUUGUAUCAUGGCAGCACAACUCAGCUACAACAUCCCCAAGGAUUUUACUGCAUGCAGCCUCCAGGAUUUUCAGAAAUACAUUUUGGACCGAACACCAGUAUGCAUUACCAAUAUGCCUGCACUGAAAGACAUAGUAGCACCCCCUGUUUGUGGGAACAACUUUGUAGAGAAAGGAGAAGAAUGUGACUGUGGAACUCCAGAGGAAUGCACAAAUAACUGCUGUGAAGCUGCAACGUGCAAGCUGAAGCCGAAUGUCAAAUGUGCAUUUGGAGAGUGCUGUGAAAACUGCCAACUUAAAAGAGCAGGGACUCUUUGCCGACCUAUAAAGCAUGACUGUGACCUGCCCGAGCUGUGUACUGGCCAGUCCCAUGAGUGCCCAGUGGAUCGAUUCAGAGUCAAUGGAUACCCUUGCAGAGAUGGCCAGGGUUAUUGUUACAUGGGGAAAUGCCCCACCCUGCUGAGCCAAUGCAUUGCUCUUUGGGGAUCAGGUGCUACAGUAGCUGUAGACUCUUGUUAUAGGACUAACCAGAACGGAGUUUAUUAUGGACACUGCAAAAAGGGGAACGGCACAUUCAUCCCCUGUGCAAAAAAAGAUAUACAGUGUGGGAAGUUAUUCUGUACUGGUGGUUCACAUAUGCCUACAGCUGGAAACCUACUAUCUUUUGACACAUGUAAAGGCAGUUUUCCCAACGACAAUAAUGAAGACACAGGCAUGGUCGCUGCUGGAACUAAAUGUGGCAAUGGAAUGGUGUGCAGCAAGGGACAAUGUGUUGAUAUCGAGAGAGCCUACAAGUCAACCAACUGUUCCGCCAAGUGCAAUGGCCAUGCUGUGUGUGACCAUGAACUGGUAUGCCAGUGUGAAGAAGGAUGGGCACCACCCAACUGCGAUAGCUCUACAACAGUUCAAUAUUUCGCCAUCAUUGCCGGUGUGCUAGCUGCCCUUGCCGUCAUUGUGAUAAGCGCUGCUUUAAUCAUCCGCUACCGAAACGCUAAGAAGAAGCAAGUUCAGAGUGGCCAGAGCAGAGGUGUAUCUGGAGAGACAAACCAAGGCUUCUCAGGGCAAGAACAGAAGAGAAGACAGAAUGCUGCACCUGUCCAGGUCCACGACACAAGAUUCCUCCUUCCCACUCCUCCACACCAGGCAAACAAGCCACAAGUCUAUGUUAAUAUCCCAGAGGAGAGAUCCAAUGGCAGGCCAGCCAUCCACCAAAAUACAAAAAUGCCUAUCGUAAAGCCAACCAUUCCACCACCUCCAGUUCCUACUGCCAAACCAGAUUUUUCUCCUGGCAUGGGCAAUUCUGUAGCACAGACGAAGUCCACUCCUUCACCAGUCCCUAAGGGCAAACCUGCACCCCCACCACAGGCUUUAAAACCACCAGUCAAACCCAGAGUAUGAAGCUACUGAAGAAGAAUUGAGCGAGAUUCCUGACAUUCUGAGGGACUGUUUCUAUCUCUGUUCACCUUGUGGUUCCUGCCUUUGCCAAGGGGAAAUGAUGAUAGUACCAAUAACUUUUUUUUUUGUAAAUGGACUAGCAAUUUCCUUGAAAGAAAACGUGUUUUUUUCAAAUAAUGUUGUAGUCCUUGGAUAGUGACAUCAGCCUGCCAUUCCUGGCUUUCCUGACGAAAAGCUAGGGGAAUAGCAAACUGCACUGAGGGGUAGACCAUAUGUGAGUUAUUAAACCAGCUCAGUGUAUGUUUUAGGUUGGACAUUAAAAAAAAAACAUCUUAACUGUCAGGGUGGUGGUUAAGCACUGGAAUAAAUUGCUUAGGGAGGCUGUAGAAUCUCUGUCAUUGGAGAUUUUUAAGAGCAACUUAGAC